AAAUUAUGGACAAUCCAGAACCUCUCAAAAUCCUCAAGGAAACAAUUGACAAAUUAAAGAUUACGAAAGAGAACCUAAGAGAGAUCAGGAAAACCAAUUAAACCUUCCCUCGUCAAACUAAUACCAGAAUCUUAGAUGCGUUUUAAUCGUUUGCUUAAUUUGAUCGUGCUCCAAUCUGGAUGAUGAGGUAUCGAAUCCUUUGAACUCAGAUAAGCAGGGAGAUACCUUCCUGAAUUCAAGGAAAUCAUGAAAAACAGAGAUUUCUUUGAUGCAUGUUAAGAUCCCUUUAUUGCAGCCGAAAUCACCCUACAACCAUUGAAACAAUUUGAAAUCGAUGCUGCUAUCAUAUUCUCAGAUAUUCUAACACUUCCAAAAGCAAUGGGAAUGGAAGUAUUUAAAUAUCAAUAACAUCAUUAGAUUGUCAUGGAUAAAGAAAAAGGACCCAUAAUCAAAAACAAAUUAGAAACUGUUGAAGAUAUCAAUAGAAUCAAGUCUCCAGAUCCAGAGAGUCUAGAACAUGUUUAUGAUGCAUUAUAUCUAACAAGAUAAGCCUUAUAAGGAAAGUAGACUCUCAUUGGUUUCUGUGGAGCUCCAUUCACAGUUUUUUCUUAUAUGGUUGAAGGUGAGACAUCCAAAAUGUUUCUAAAAACUAAGAAAUGGGUAUAUCAAUACACUCAGGAAACCAGAAAAGUCUUAGAUUUAAUUGCUAGGGAGAGUGCUCAAUAUUUAAUUAAUUAAGUCAAAGAAGGAGGAGCUCAAGUAGUUUAGAUCUUCGAUUCCUUCGCAGGGUAUUACUCAAACAUAAACUUUUAGAUAAAUUCCCCCUAUUGAUUAUAUUGAAUUUGUGCUUCCAUCAUUACGAAUCUUAUUAGAAGGAUUUAAAUAAGAGUGUCCAAACACUCCCUUAAUAAUGUUUGCUAAGGAUCAAAAUGGAGUUGAAGUUAUCUUGGCUUUUCUCAAAAUGUGCUUGGGUGAAACUCCUUUGAUUGAUGGGUUCUAGCUGGAUUCAAAUGUUAGUGAUGAAGUUCUAAUCAAAAUUAUUGAAAGCGAUAGAACUAUAUAAGGAAAUCUUGAACCUGGAGUAUUUAAAUCAUAUUUUCUAGGUUUUAUAUGGUACUUAACAAAUCAUAAAAAAGAGAGUAUCUUAAAUGAUUGAAAAAUUAUAAACAACCAGACGAUAUAUUAUGAAUUUAUCGCAUGGAUUGACUCCUGAUCAUGAAGUUGAAAAAGUCAGGUAAUUUAUUUAGGAGUCUAUACGAUAAUCAAAGUUAUAUAAAGUUAGAGAGAUAUUAGAAUGACG